AUGCAGUCGAAGGAGGCUUUGGCAGCUCCUGUCGAUGUUGACUCGCGUGACUUCGUGCUGAAGUUUUCGGUUCAAAUCGAUGGUGGUCAGCGACCAGGAGGACGUUACUUGGCAGUUGGGAUCAACAGUAAUUUGCUCGUUGGUCCUCCGCUAGCUGGCCUUUCAGCCCCGUCCAGCGAGGAAUGUGUCGAUCGCUUGGAAGUCCAAUUGGAAGCUCGAUUCAUCGCUCUUAGACACGCGACGCGCCAGCGUAUCUAA